GAAAACUAUUCACAGGACACUAUUCCAAACUUAGGGAUUUUUUGAAGUAGUUAACGUCUGAUGCGUUUGAUGGUAGGCAUUGUGCAAUUGUGACAUGAUUUUAAACCGGAUACGACAAGCGUCCAUUGGUCAAGAUGACGCAGUUUCUGUUGGGAAACAGAGCGUUUCCAUGACGUUUCAAGAAGAAUCGAAAAAUUCCGGUGGUAAUCAACAGCAGCCGAAGCAGACGUCAAAGGCAAUGUUGGGUCAAACAGGUCGAGCUCCCAGUUUGCUGGGACUUUUGGCGGCAAAACGUUUCACACAAAACAUGAAAACAAUGUACGGUCGGACGGGAAGUACAUACGGGUCUACAGCCGCUUCUAGUUCGAUUCAAAUAACAAAGAAACCGUCAUACCGGAUGGAACCGAAAACAAAAUUUAAUCCAGAUGUAGUCUAUGACGUCAUUAAAUCAGUUGUUGAUCAGAAGAUGCAGGGAUUCAAAUAUCAUCCGAAAUUCUGCGCAAACAUAUCCAAACUGCUGAGUGACGAUGUUAAAGAGCAGGUUAAAAAACUGAAAUAUGACAGGUAUAAGAUCGUGGUAAUCGUGCAUAUCGGAGAGAAGAAGGGUCAGGGUAUGAUGGUGGCAAGCAGGUGCGUCUUGGACAAGGAACUGGAUGACUUCGCUACCUACACCAUGGAAACACCGGCGCUCUAUUGUUCGGUGUCGGUGUUUGGAACGUAUAACGAGUAGAUGCAAGUCAUGUGUAUGUUGUCGGAACGAGUAGCUAUGAAAACCGCAUUAUCUGUGGGUUUGUGUGGGGUUUAGAAUAGGAUUUGGUUAAAGCAUCAAAUAAUUGAUAAACUGUCGAUAGCACUGUCGGUGUUGGAAAUAAUUAGCAGGAGCAUUCGAGAAACAGAUCUCUGUCAGUCUUUGAAUUUCUUAAAGCAUAUGUGAGAAACCGACAGUACUUUUCGACGUCGAUUAUAACAUAAGUAACAAGUAUUUAUCGCCUUAAUAUAUACAUUGUAUAGUAAAGUUUAAUAUUUAUUUUUCUAAAUUUAUUCGUCGUAAACGUUGCAAUAUUACUAGUUUGUUGAUUAUUUGACGACUCACGACUACUUGAAAUUUAAAACAGAACAUAUUUAUCCUAAUAUAUACUGUCGGUAAAGCAUUCCUGUUUGACUCAAACAGUUGUUACACAAACCUUAAAUGCAAACAUGGCAUAUGGUUAUGGCUGUUAAAUGUAAUACACUAUCCAUUCAUACAAAUGAUUAUGGUAUGCUUUAUGUAAUACUUUUGGUCUAAUAUAUAAAAUACUUAUCGCCUGAUAUGUGUAAUACUUAUGUUCUGCUAUAUAUAAUGCUUAUGGUCCGCUAUAUGUAAUACUUGUUUUGGUCUGCUAUAUCUUAUACGUAUGGUCCGCUAUUUCUUAUACUUAUGGUCCGCUAUAUGUCAUACUUUGUUGGUCUUUUAUAUCUAAUACUAAUGGUCUUCUAUAUGUAAGGUCUGCAAUAUGUUAUACUUAUGGUCUUUUAUAUGUUCUACUUAUUGUCCACUAUAUGUACUGCAUAUGGUAUUUUAUAUGUAAUACUUAUGGUCUGUUAUAUGUAAUACUUAUGGUCUGUAAUAUAUAAUACCUAUAUGUAAUACUCAUGGUCUGCUAUAUGUUAUACAUAUGGUCUGCUAAAUGUUAUACAUAUGGUCUGCUAUAUGUAAUUCUUAUGGUCUGCUAUAUGUAAUAUUUAUGGUAUUGUAUAUGUAAUACUUUUGGUCUUAUAAAUGUAGUACUUAUGUCCUGCGAUAUGUUAUACUUUUGGUUUGUAAUAUGUAACACUUAUGGUCUGCUAUAUGUAAUACUUAUGGUUUGUAAUAUAUAUACUUAUGUUCUGCUAUAUGUAAUAAAUAUGGCCUGCUUUAUGUUAUACAUAUGGUCUGCUAUAUGUAAUACUUAUGGUCUGCUAUAUCUAGCACUUAUGGUCUGCAUGGUCCGCUAUAUGUAAUACUUAUGACCUACUAUAUGUUAUACUUAUGGUCUGCUAUACGUAAUACCUAUGUUAUUCUAUAUUUAAUACUUAUGGUCUUUAUGGUCUGCUAUUUGUUAUACUUAUUACCUACUAUAUGUUAUACUUAUAGUCUGCUGUAUGUAAUACUUAUGGUUCGCUACAUAUUAUACGUAUGGUCUGCUAUUUGUAAUACGUAUAGUCUGCUAUGUAAUAGUUAUGGUCUUUUGUAUGUAAUACAUAUGGCCUGCAAUAUGUAAGAUUUGUGGUAUGUAAUACUUAUGAUCUGCUAUAUGUAACACUUAUGGUCUGCUAUAUGUUAGAUUUGUGGUCUGCAAUAUAGUACUACGUAUGGCUUUCUAUAUGUACGACAUGUGGUCUGCUAUAUGUAAUACUUAAGGUCUUCUAUAUGUAAUACUUACGGUGCGCUUUAUGUAAUAACCUAUGCAUGUGCUGCGUCCAAGCUUAUACGAAAGUUUUACAAACUAUCAAUAUGCUUUGAACGAUGGUAAAUAUUUGCAAGGCUAUAUCAGUUGUGUGCAAAAAUAAGUACAAACAAGUAAGCAAUUGUUAAAAGCUCGCAUACUGCUAUUAUAGGUCGGCAAUUUUGAUGCCGAUUGCCUAAGUAUAUUCCAUUACUGCAUAGAGUGAAUGGAUAUUAUGAAUACAUUACGCUUCUCGAUUGAACAAAAAAUAUUAUAAACCUUCAAAAAGUCAACUUUCUAUUAAAUUUACCCGAUCUUGAUUUCUAUUAGAUAAUUAUCAACUUGAAAAUACCAAAUAGCUUACACGUUACACAUUAUACGACGUCGGGCAUGGUAAAGGCGUGGUGGAGUAGAAUUUAAAAACUUUCAAAUUAACAAUUUAUUGUUUGUUGUGAUAUGUAUGCUUUACCUGUUUUGUAACUUUUUAAUUAAAAUAUAAAAACGUGUUACCAAAAUACCAGGUUAUUACAGACUACGUGAUUUAAAAGUUCAAAGCACUUAAAUGGUAAGACAAUAUUUUCAUAAAGCGUUUAUGUAAAAGCAAUUUUACUUCGGAAAUCGAUUUAAAUCCCACAAAAGUAAGCAGUGCUAUGGCAAGUUAAGAAUAAACAAAUAUUGAAAUUUCUAUAAGUGUCAGAGGUUGAUAUCUGUGACACUCUUUCAUAAAUUUGUAUUGAUGAAUUUUAAGUUAAAUGUUGACUGUCAACACUCAAGUGUAAUCUUCUUAAACUGAUUUUCAAUUAAAGUUUGAGUGGCUUGUUAUUAGCCCUAGAUGUGAACUUUAGAUAUUAAACAAUUUUCAUCAAUAAUUAAAUACGUUUUAAUGGCAAUGAUGCGUUAUUAUCCUUUGCACGUAAAUCGUGGCGUUUCAUAAUGGCUCCCAAUUUUCAAACUAAAACGAUGCCAUUCGCAUUUUCAAAUACUUGAUGAAAACGGUGACAAGAAUGUUGCUUAAUGAAUGACUGAUUAUGUCACGCCUAAUCAAUAAAAUGUUA